UCUGACUCCAGUACAUCACCGCUCGUCUUCUCAGGGUUUUUUUCUUCCCGCUCCAUCUCUCACUCCCUCUCUCUCUCUCUUCUCUUUACUCUGUCCGUUAAUUUCAGUCUUUACUUUUCUACCUCACCUCACAAACAUGGCGGUCGCACCGAAGCGGCAGGACACGCGGAAAUUCUUCGAGAAUUUGUCCGGGGAAGGUAAAUCCAUCGCGGUGCUGACCAGCGGAGGAGAUGCCCAAGGUAUGAACGGAGCUGUGAGGGCCGUCGUCAGAAUGGGAAUCUACGUCGGAGCAAAGGUUUACUUCAUCCACGAGGGUUACCAGGGGAUGGUGGACGGCGGAGACAAUAUCCAAGAGGCGACGUGGGAAAGUGUCUCCAGCAUGCUGCAAGUGGGUGGUACGGUCAUCGGCAGUGCCCGCUGCAAAGACUUCCGCACCCGCGAGGGCCGCCUGAAGGCCGCGCACAACCUCGUGAAGCUCAACAUCACCAACAUGUGUGUGAUCGGUGGAGACGGCAGCUUGACCGGAGCCAACCUGUUCCGAGAGGAGUGGAGCAGCCUUCUGGACGAGCUGCUCCAGCAAGGUCUGAUCGACAACGAGGCGGUCGUGAGUAACUCGGUGCUGCACAUCGUCGGCAUGGUAGGCUCCAUCGACAACGACUUCUGCGGCACGGACAUGACCAUCGGCACCGACUCCGCCCUGCAUCGGAUCAUUGAGGUGGUGGACGCCAUCAUGACCACUGCUCAGAGCCACCAGAGGACGUUUGUCCUGGAGGUCAUGGGCAGACACUGCGGAUACCUGGCCCUGGUCAGUGCCCUGGCCUGUGGAGCUGAUUGGGUUUUUAUCCCUGAAAUGCCUCCUGAGGACGGCUGGGAGGACAACAUGUGUCACAAACUGUCUGAGAACCGAGCUGAAAGGAAAAGGCUGAACAUUAUUAUUGUAGCCGAAGGUGCCAUAGAUUCCCACAACAAGGCUAUAACUCCCGAUUAUAUCAAGGAUCUAGUGGUCAGUCGCUUGGGUUUUGACACUAGGGUCACCAUCCUGGGCCAUGUGCAGAGAGGUGGGACCCCCUCGGCCUUUGACCGGAUCCUGGCGAGCCGUAUGGGCGUGGAGGCAGUGCUGGCGUUACUGGAGGCGUCCGCCACCACCCCGGCCUGCGUCGUGUCUCUGGUCGGAAACCAGGCCGUUCGACUACCACUUAUGGAGUGUGUUCAGAUGACCCAGGAAGUCCAGAAGGCCAUGGAUGAGAAGAAGUUUGAUGAGGCGGUCAGACUGCGUGGGAGGAGCUUUGAGCACAACCUUGCCACAUACAGACUCCUCUCCUACCACAAAGCUGACGGGGAACUUCCACACCAGAACGCGUUCAACGUAGCGGUGCUGAAUGUCGGGGCACCGGCGGCAGGAAUGAACGGUGCCGUGCGCUCUGCCGUCAGAGUGGGCAUCGCAGAGGGCCACAGGGUGUUUGCGGUCAGUGACGGCUUCGAGGGAUUCUACAAAGGACAGAUCAAGGAGAUCAAAUGGGGAGAUGUGGGUGGAUGGACUGGUCAGGGAGGGUCACUGCUCGGGACAAAAAGAACUCUUCCAGGAAAACAUCUGGACAAAAUUGCAGAGCAGAUGAGGAUCCACAACAUCAACGCUCUGCUCGUCAUCGGGGGUUUUGAGGCCUUUGAGUCGCUGCUGCAGCUGUACGAGGCCCGUGACCACCACGAGGAGUUCUGCGUCCCCAUGUGCAUGUUACCCGCCACCAUUAGUAACAAUGUUCCCGGCACCGACCUCAGCAUCGGCGCCGACACAUCCAUCAACGCCAUCGUGGAGACGUGCGAUCGCAUCAAACAGUCGGCGAGCGGCACCAAGAGGCGUGUCUUCAUCAUCGAGACCAUGGGCGGCUACUGUGGCUACCUGGCCACGGUGGGCGGUCUGGCGGCGGGCGCCGACACCGUCUAUAUCUACGAGGAGCCAUUUGACAUCCGCGACCUGCAGGCCAACGUGGAGCAUCUGACGCAGAAGAUGAAGACGAGCGUCCAGAGAGGACUAGUGCUCAGGAACGAGAACUGUAACGACAACUUCACGGCGGACUUCAUCUACCAGCUUUACUCGGAGGAAGGUCGCGGCGUGUUCGACUGCAGGAAGAACAUCCUGGGUCACAUGCAGCAGGGGGGCGCUCCAUCUCCGUUUGACAGAAACUUCGGCACCAAAAUCGCAGCCAAAGCUAUGCAGUGGAUCACUCGGACGCUCAAAGAUUCGUACAAAGGAGGGCGAGUGUUUGCGAACUCGGACGACACCGCCUGCCUGUUGGGGAUGCGCCGUAGAGCGAUGGUCUUUCAGCCUGUGUCGCAGCUUCGAGACGAGACGGAUUUUGUCCACAGGAUUCCGAAGGAGCAGUGGUGGCUGAAGCUCCGCCCCCUGAUGAAAAUCCUAGCCAAGUACAAGACGAGCUACGACGUGUCCGACUCCGGGCAGCUGGAACACGUGACCCGGAUCCGGCCCAAAGACAGCCACACCACGUCUCAUCACAUCUGAACCGCGGAGGCGGAGCCAACGCCGCGACUGUGACGGCGACCACACACCGCAGUAGAUUUAUGAAAGUAAAUUAAAUAUAUAUGUAUACAUAUAUAGGUAGAUAGAUAGUAUUAUUAAAGGUAUAUUAUAUGUUGAAGUCACCGCACUUUUCAGGACAGAUCUACAAUAUAUCUAUUAUUUUAGAUAUACACAUUCAAUUUAAAGGGUAAUUUCAACAAGUUAGAGAUUGAUUGGAAAUUUAGGAAAUAGAGUUAAUAUAUAUAUAUAUAUAUACAUAUAUAUACAUAUAUAUUCAUGAGGAUAUAAUGUACUCUAAAAGUAUUUAAAAUUUUGGUUUUAAUAAUGUAGCUCUAUUUAUUUGUUUUUUUUCUCCUGCACUUUAAUCGUAAAUUAAUGUAAAGCUGCUUUUAAACGAGGGAACGAGCCAUUAUAAUCACUGUAGCUGUCAAAGACCUGGUCACAUGAUCACACUUUGAAAAAGUGUCUUUGUCAUUUGUCUUUUUUUUUUCAAUUUUAAGUCACGUUCUGUGGAAGUGAAGCAAAAGAAUGUGAUGUGUGCGCAACAUUAGCUUCUGUGCCAGCACCCGUGUGUCAUGUGAGCGUCCUGUCGUAAUAAAGCAUCUGUUGUGUGGAAACAA